UCGCAGUUUUUCACUUCACCGUUCACCACCCACUUUUCACACUCCGCUCUUCUUCACCUGUGGCCCUUCCCUAAACCGAGAUACGGGCGGGCCUUCUAACGGAAAGCGAAGGGAGGAAUGAGAUUGCAGAGCUGGAAGAGGAAGGAGGGACGCUACUUGCGUGAGAGAGUGGAAGAGGAGAAAUACAAUAUUUCGUCCUACGGUAGGCGGGAAGACGAGUGGUGGUGCUUCUUGUUCGUUAAUCGAACUCCCUACGUCGUUCGGUGGUCGUGCGUCUCCACCGAUUUGGGUGGUCCCCCCCCCCCCUUCACAGAAGCGUUGUCGACCGAUCGGUCUGCCACCAUGUCGAGGGGAACGAGAGUCAAGCUCAAGAGCUCGGACGAUGAGAUGUUCGAGGUCGACGAAGAAGUCGCAUACGAGUCGCAGACGGUCAAAAAUAUGAUUGAAGACACGGGUACCGACAGCGCCAUUCCUCUGCCAAAUGUUUCGAGCAAGAUCUUAGCGAAAGUGAUUGAGUACUGCAAGUAUCACGUGGAGGCUGCCAAGAACAUCGAAGAAAAGCAGAUAAGUGAAGACGAAAUCAAGGCUUGGGACGCCGAGUUCGUGAAGGUGGAGCAGUCGACGCUAUUCGACUUGAUCUUGGCUGCCAACUACCUCAAUAUAAAGAACCUUCUGGACCUCACGUGCCACACCGUAGCAGACAUGAUCAAAGGGAAAACGCCAGAAGAGAUCCGGAAGACUUUUAAUAUUCAGAAUGACUUCACUCCUGAGGAGGAGGAGGAUGUGAGACGGGAGAACCAGUGGGCGUUUGAAUGAGGUGGUGACGAAAGAGGCAUAUAAUGUGAUAGAGCGGGUGCACGUUUUGCUGGAAGAUACUGUUUGCUUCUCUUCUUCACCAGGAGAGGAUGAUGGAUGAUGGCUUGUGCUGGGGAGAGUCGUGCAAGGGCAUACUUUUAUGAAGACACAGGGAGCGCCUUUGGGGCUUUACCGUGAGCGAGCCUGCAUUGUGCUGUGUGAGUUCGACCCUGCGAAUUGGCAAGCAAGGAGUGUCCGGGGCGGACAGCCCUGGCGAAUGGUUGUCGAGUGUGUGGAGAAGAAGGGGUGGCCAAGUUUAUUUGGGUUGUUUUUCAGUUCUUCCUGAAAAGGUUUGUGCAUGCACUAUUUGUUUGCGACUGCUAAACUCGUGAUGAGGGCACCAAAGCAGAGGGUGAUGAUGAUAAGACGAGUGGACGUUGUUAGUCUCAUGCUGCGGUGGGGUUAGGUCUCUGGUGAGUUGUUGCCCUGUUUACCCUUGUCGUUGGUCUGUUGCCGUGAAAUGUUGUUUUGGUUUUCCUGUUCUCUUGUGUGUAGAUCGUUUGCGUUGGUGGUGGCUGUGGGGAAGCAUGUAUGCCUGCAACUGUGCAAAGAACGUGAAGAGCGGGUACGUAAUCUUUGUGUGAGGAAAUUGUAUGGACGGAGAUGCGCGGAUGGGCAGAAGUCCCGACAGUAUCUGUUGGCAUCAGACAAUUUGGAUUGUGACCUUUAAAAAUGUAAUUUGUUCCGCAAUGACGUAGGAUGGUGUGCGUUUUGCUUUGUUGCCGCCGCGUUCUUUUUACUUACAGCGAGUAAAUGACGAAUGAGCGCCAUGGGCAGGCAGUGUAGUGGACUUGCUGGUGCCUUGGGUGGGAAAGAACAGCUAAAUCGGGUGUGCACAAAAAACGAGGCCAACCGGUUUUUAUCAUCUGCAGCUGCUCAGUAGGAAAUUGUCUGGUUGGCAGCAUUAUUUUGAUGUGAACUCGAGUUUUAUGUGCGAUGAGAGGAAAGCUGGCAUGGUGUCUAAUUGUCUGUCUCCUAUAUUUUGGGACGGAUGGGAGGUAAAUAUGUUGUGAAUAUAUGGGAAGGCAUUCAAACUUUCUGCGGCGGCUUGUCUGUCAUUCCUCUUCUUUCCUCCCAACUGGAGUUUCCGUAGCUUUUUGUGUCCAUGCACUCUUUCGUAAUGUCAGCGACAGCUAGGGAGU